GAACAUGAGAACCUUUGUGGGGCCAUGGCAUGUCCCCUCAGUUGGCCAAGAUGUGAUCUCCACCUUCCACCAUUAAACUGAUAUUCCCUUCUCUUCUUCUUCUCCAUUUCUUGCCUUCUAUUAAAAAAAAAUAAAAAUAAAAAAAAUCAGAACAAUCCAUCGUCCAUGAUGUCAGCCGGUGGGGCGAAAGGCUCUGCCGAAGGGUCAUCGUCACGGGCCAUCACUGAUCAGCCACCAGCACCACCUCCUCAGCUGAGCAGAUACGAGUCGCAGAAACGGAGGGAUUGGAAUACCUUUGGGCAGUACUUGAAGAAUCAACGGCCUCCAGUUUCUCUGGCCCAGUGCAAUUGUAGCCAUGUGCUCGACUUCCUCCGAUACCUCGACCAAUUUGGAAAAACUAAGGUUCACUUAAAUGGGUGUGCCUUCUUUGGUCAGCCGGAGCCGCCUGCGCCUUGCACAUGCCCGCUCAGGCAAGCUUGGGGUAGCCUUGAUGCACUGAUCGGCCGCCUCCGGGCUGCCUAUGAAGAGAACGGGGGGACACCAGAGACGAACCCUUUUGCUGGAGGCGUGAUCCGUGUUUAUCUUCGUGAGGUCAGGGAGUGCCAAGCUAAGGCACGAGGUGUGCCGUAUAAGAAGAAGAAGAAGAAGAGGAAUCGAAGCAAGGAUGACGAUGACGAUGCUCCCAAGCCUUCAUCGCAGUCGGCUUGAUCACUCUCUGCCGAUGCCUUCGAAAAAUGCUACUUUUCAGAUAGUUCACUCUGAUGUCUGUGGACCCACACCCGUUUUAGAGGUGGAUCCCUUCUAUUAUUUGUUGUAGAUCUCCAAUCGGACAAGGGUUGAUCACAGAGCAAAUGAAGACUGUCAAAGAAGAAGAAGUUAGAAAGGGCGCGAGAUUAAGGAGAUUAUAAUCCAUGUUUUACAAGGUAAAAUGGGCGCAAAACGGAAAAAGAGUGGGUCUGGGUAUCUUUUCUUUCUUUCUUUCUUGUUUUUUCUUUUUUGGGUCUGGCUAUCUUUAUCUUGUAUUAAUAAAUUAGGAGUCCUAUUUGGAGGAUGAUUCUCGGAGAGUUCUGUGCAAAUUGUAUCUAGGAGAUGCUGUUGUUGUUAUUAGAGGAAUUAUAUUUCUAAUGAAAUUCUGUGUUGUGAGGACCAAA